UCUAAUAGUGAUCAGAUAUUUUAAAUACAGUAUAGCUUUAUUGUGUCAAUAAUAAAUUUGUAUGUUGAACAAGUUUUGAGUAGAAUUUGUAGAGAAGAUGGAGAUGAAGAAGAGUUAUUUGGCAAUGAAGACAGAAUCAGCAGUUGCAAGUAAUUUGAUUGAUUCAGAUUUGAAGGAAAUUGGGAUUGCUGCUAAGAAGUUAGCUAAUCAUGCCAUCAUGCUUGGUGGACUUGGUUUUGGCACUUCUUUUCUCAAAUGGAUUGCUUCUUUUGCUGCUAUUUACUUGUUGAUCUUGGAUCGAACAAACUGGAGGAGCAACAUGCUCACAGCCCUCCUAAUUCCUUACAUUUUCUUGAGUUUCCCUUCAUUUCUGUUUGGUUUGUUCAGGGGAGAUUUCGGAAAAUGGCUAUCUUUGGUUGCUAUUAUAAUACGCCUCUUUUUCCCCAAACACUUUCCAGAUUGGCUUGAAGCACCAGCAGCAUUGGUCCUUCUGAUGGUAGUAGCUCCAAGUUUUAUUGCUGACAGAGUAAGGGACGGUUGGAUCGGUAUGUUGAUUUGCCUUGUAAUUGCGUGCUAUCUGUUGCAAGAACAUAUUAGAGCAUCUGGUGGAUUCAGAAACUCUUUCACUAAAGCUAAUGGCAUUUCAAACACUAUUGGAAUCAUCCUUCUUUUGGUAUAUCCAGUCUGGGGAUUGAUUCUCCACGUUCUAUAAACACAAAAAUUCGAUAAUAUUGCAAUUUGUUUGGAAGAUCUGAGUGUGGUUGUUUUCUUCGAUGUUUGAGUUUUUCUAGAUUUGUGUGGUAUUGUUCUGUGCCCAAAAUUCCUUAUCUUAUCUAUCAAUGAAUCCGUACUUUUUCGUUUUA